CCUCCCACCACAACAUUUCCAACACAGAAAAAUCAUCACAAGCUAGCUCACAAAUCCAAAUCAAAAGUACCCAUUCCCAGAAUCCUCCUCUCUUCUUCGAAAUGUCUUCCUUGAAUGUCACGUUUUCACAGUUCGAGCCUACUGCUCUGCUGAGCAUCGCCAUGCUGCUGCUGUUCCAGGCCACGAAUGGAGAAGAACAUGAAGCCCAUUGUUGCGUGCUUCGUUACCAGCCUGCGGCUGGUAACAGUGAAGCCGAUGAUGGAGAUGAUGAUGACGAUGGUGGGGAUUUUGACUUCGCCCCUGCUGCUUAACUUGUCGGAAGUCCCUGCUAGAUUCAGGUUUGAUGAGGGUAAUGUUUAAUAAACCACCAUAGAUGUAGGCAUGUAGCUAGCUAGCUAUAGACGUUGUUGCAAGAUCAUUUUGUAAGCCAUGAAAGGGUUUGAUUAACAACUAACCAGCUAAGUGGGAGCUUGGGAUUGAUGGGAAGUCGUUACUUAGAAACUUGAGAGUGAUCAUGAUUCAUGAUUAUGAUGUAAUAGAAGUCCAUCUCCUAAUUUAUAUAAUUAGAUACAUCUUCUUUUUGAAUUUAUUCCGAGUAUAUUCUGUUGUUAUUAUUAUUAAACAUAUUAGUGUGGA